CUCCUGGCUCAUCCCUUCCCUCGCCCGUCCUGCUCUUCCUCCUUCCAUUCUCUCCUCCUCUCCCUCCUCUUGUCCAUCCCUCUCCCCUACACCUCUCCCUUCUUCCACUCCCUCUUCCUCUGCCUCCCAAUUCUGCAUGUUGCUGCUGUUGCUCCUCCUCCUGCUGCUGCUGCUGCUGCUGCUGCUGCUGCUGCUGCUGCUGAUGCUGCUGCGGCUGCUGCUGGUGUUGCUGCGGCUGCUGCUGCUGCUGCUGCUGCUGGUGUUGCUGCUGCUACUGCUGCUGCUGCUGCUGCUGCGGCAGGCGCACCUGCAGGCGCACAGGCUGCCAGAACGGCUGCCGGAAUCCACCCCGCCCUUUCCGCCACCGCCGCUGCCCACCCCAACGUGCUCUACGUGACAUAUGCUGAUGGCGUUACCUUCGUCGGACACCCGGGCGACUGCACAGCAGCCUUCAACCACGACACCAACAGGCUCUCAGCACUGGGCCUCCCACACAGCACACCCGCGCCAAUGUGGGGCCGAGCUGACUCGCAGGUGCAAUCAGAAGGCCUCCCCGCAGAUAGCCACCACCGACCUGCAACUCGCCUCGCUGCCACUCACACCCUGCAUCUCACCCGCUGCCUCUCACCCACUGCCUCUCACCCACUGCCUCUCACCCACUGCCUCUCACCCACUGCAUCUCACUCACUGCAUCUCACUCACGGCAUCUCACUCGCGGCAUCUCACUCACUGCAUCUCACUCACUGCAUCUCACUCACUGCAUCUCACUCACUGCAUCUCACUCACUGCAUCUCACGGCAUCUCACUCACAGCAUCUCACUCACUGCAUCUCACUCACUGCAUCUCACUCACUGCAUCUCACUCACUGCAUCUCACUCACUGCAUCUCACUCACUGCAUCUCACUCACUGCAUCUCACUCACUGCAUCUCACUCACUGCAUCUCACUCACUGCAUCUCACUCACUGCAUCUCAACGCGGGUAGAAGUGCAACAGCUGCGAAUCUGGGCGCAGGCCUCCCUCCCACCGUCACUCGUUGGGGCGCCCACCUCAGAUUGCUGAGCCUCACAGAGAGAGGCAGUCGCCUCACACUCCCGGCAGCAGCACCGCCUCCCGUCAGCCUCGCCACCUUCCUCACGUCACGCCCACCCCCACCCCCUCGCCCCCUCGCCCCUUGGCUCACCUCGUCCUGCGUGGAGCCAAUACCCUCGCCCCGCGCGCGUCUACUCUCCUCCGCCCACUCGCUAGCUGCCGCGUCCCCUUUCCGCACCGACUGCUGCGCCACUCCGUCAAGCGCAGCGCGCGCUCCCCCCAGCAGGCGGAGGGUGUGGCGCGCUGCAGGGGGCGCGGGGGAGGCGGACGCGGGGGCAGCGCCGCUGGUGACUGCUGCGGGGGAUAGCGCAGUGAGGGCGGGCCUCUUCCGCUCGCCAGUCUCAGGGGGAGUGGAGAGUGCCACGAGCGCCCACGGCCUACCCGCCCCAGCAGUGGCAGUGCGCAACCAGGUGGAGCAGGCAUCGCAGUACGUACAGCUCUGCUCUGCGCUGCUCUGCUCCAUCAUGCCACGGUGUCCGCCACACGCUCGGAUCUCUUCCGCUCACCUGUGUCUGGAGGAGUGGAGAGCGCCACGAGCGCCCACGGGCUGCCGGCCCAGCGCUGUGGUAGCAGUGCGCAGCCUGGUGGAGCAGGCGCAGCACGCGCAGCGCAUCUCUGCUCCAUCAUGCCCCGCUCGCACCGCUGCCGCAAGGGUACCCCUUGAGGCCGCUCACCCCAUGUUCCCUGGCGCCACCCCCUUUCCCGCUUCCCCAUCUUUCUGCCCGCUCCUCUCCGCGGCCACAAUGACUGCGCUCACUCCUCUGCUGCCCCCGCCUGCGCUGUGCUUUCCCCUGCCUUCCAAGUGGAGCAGUGGCACUUGGCACUCACCCUGCGCUGCAUCACUCGCCGUGCCUGCGCUGCCCACCAGAUGCUCGUGUGUGGCUGUCUCGUUGUGCGUGCUGCGAGUAAUCGCCCCUCCCCUGUCGUCAUCACCGCACGCCUUUCCUCUCCCCAUGGACGAGGUGCGAGAGGAGCAGAUCAUUCACCUUGCCGCACUUUGCCCCAUUUGCCCUCUCCCCAUCUACCCUUCCCAUCUCCUGUUCCUAUUUCCCCUCCCCAUCUUCCCUCCCCAUCUUCCCUCCCCAUUUCCCUCCCUAUCUCUCGCAGGUCCCUUGAGACGUGAGGUGUCUGCAUGGGGUGGGCUGCUGUGGUCCUUGGCGUCACAGCCCUACCCUCUCUCGCCUGCUCAGAUGCCCUGCCAGGUCAGAUACGAUGUGAGAGUGCAGUCAAACACACCUUCACCCGCGCAACCUCCAAUCCGACCCGCGCUGCACCGUGGUGGUGCAGAUCCCGGGGUGGAGCGGCCUCGCCAACGCAUGCGCCACCAUCUUUGGGGACCUCUACCCCCUGCCGCCCAGCCAGCAGUAUUUCUCAACGAGGCACUCUACAGCUCGUCCCAGGGGGCAUGCGCGGGGGGCAUGAUCGCUGCGACUCAGUUGAGAAGAGAGGCAGUGCUGGCAACGGCCAAGCUGUCCUCUGCCGCCACGGGCGAGGCGCAGUCGUCGGUGAGGUGCACCAAGGUGCCACCAAUCCUCCUCAUUCCCACUGCACCACGCUCGCAUGCUCCAUGCAGCCCUUCCCUACGUCCGCACUCCCACACUCUCCAUCCUACCUCCAUUGCUCCCACCUCCACCACCCCCAUCGCCCCAGGUGCUGAUGCCGCUGCUCCCCUUGCUCCCCUGCCUGCGUUGUUGCCACCCCCAACCUGUCCGCCCCGUGCGCUGCAGUGCCUGCUCACCUGCCCCCACCUGCUCUCAUGCUCUCCUUCCACACGAAAACACAGAGGAGUCGCGGGGGAGGGAUGGACGGAUGUGGCUGCUCCACGCGCUACACAGCAAAUCCGUGAUUCUAUGCAACCCCCUCCACCACCUGCGUCUCUGACAAUAUUCCCUAACCAUGCCUAUGCAUGGCUGGUCUCUGAUUCAUCUCACAACUUCUGGCAUGCAUUUUAG